UGGCUUUAUUAAUACGCCAAGCGGUUCACGUGGGCUGCCCAGCCCAGCACAAUAUUCUGCUACGUUAGCGACGUAUUUUCGACCGGGUCUUUUCUUUUUCUUCUCCUCUCAACCGAGACGGGGUGGGUGCUGCUGCUGCUGCUGCUGCUGCUGCUUUUGUGAGGGAGGGAGAGAGAGAGAGAGAGAGCGCGCGAGAGAGAGCGAGUGAGGUGAGCGCAGUGUGAAAAGCAUCCUCGCCCCCUCCCCUCCAAAGCUCCUCCUCUGUCGUCGGAGAGCAGAGCGCGGUCACAUACUGCUCGGCGAGAGCAAGAGGGCACCGCGGAGGAUUUAAUUCCAACCUGCUGCUGUGCCGUGCAGAUGUUUUCUCGCCUUUGACGAAGAGGCUAAUAUGAAGACGACAUUUGGCAAACCAGACCCUGGAAAGCUUCUACAAUCUUUUCGAUUCAUUUGAAACUUGUGACAACACCAUGCAUUGUUUCCGGUAAAACCUGCCCGCCGCUCUCCCCUCAUCCUACCCAGCCGUUGAGAGUGAGGACACCACAAGCUGCCCAGACAUGGGUCCGGAUCAACCCUGCUCCGAGUCCCUUGAGAGAAGGCCCACGUUGAGUGCUGCCUGUAAGCGGCAGGCCUACCGAUGUCUGCGGAAAAAGCUAAGGCCAUUGCGAAUCGUAGGGUUUUCCCUCAGCCUGGUGGCCUUAAGUGCUUUCUCCAUCAGUGCCUUGACCUGGAGCUCAGGGGGUUUCAGUGAGCCAGUUCUCUCCCAGGAGGAUCUCCGCCAGUCGGCCCCCCACAGGACUCUACUUUUCAGCCAACACCAGAGGGACCCCAAUGUGUCAGCCGACAUGCCGAUAGCCAUGAAGUCUGCAUCAAAUAACAGCGAGGGCCACGGGGAUUACCCGCCCGACCUCUUCACCCUUGAGGAGAGACGCAAAGGAGCAGUGGUCCUCCACAUGUUUGGCAUGAUCUACAUGUUCAUCGCCUUAGCUAUAGUGUGCGACGAGUUCUUUGUCCCAGCACUGACAGUGAUCACGGAGAAGUUGACCAUUUCGGAUGACGUUGCGGGCGCCACCUUCAUGGCGGCGGGCGGCUCAGCCCCGGAGCUCUUCACCUCCAUCAUUGGCGUCUUCAUCUCGCACAGCAACGUGGGCAUCGGCACCAUCGUGGGCUCGGCCGUCUUCAACAUCCUCUUUGUGAUUGGGAUGUGUGCCAUCUUCUCCAAGGAAAUCCUCAACCUAACAUGGUGGCCACUCUUCCGUGACGUCUCCUUCUACAUACUGGAUCUGAUCAUGCUCAUCAUCUUCUUCCUGGAUAACAUCAUCUCCAUGUGGGAAAGUAUCACGCUGCUCUCAGCCUACGCCGCCUAUGUCAUCUUCAUGAAGUGCAACAGCAGUGUCGAGAGAUUCGUCAAGAACUGCAUGAACAAGAACCAAGUGGUCGAAGUAGAAGUGCAGCCCAAGGAUGAGAAGGCAAUUCCUGGGACCCCGGAAGAUGAGAGCAAGUUGUCGGCCAGGCCUCGGCUUCAGAGGGGAGGUAGUUCCGCCUCCCUGCACAACAGCUUGAUGAGGAACAGCAUUUUCCAGCUGAUGAUUCACACGUUGGACCCUUUGAGUGAAGAAUUUGCUGACUCUGAGCUUGGGACUUAUGGGAAACUAAAAUAUUAUCACUCAAUGACUGAGGAAGGUAAAUUUCGAGAGAAGGCAUCCAUCCUUCAUAAGAUCGCUAAAAAGAAAUGCCAAGUGGAGGACAGUGAGAAGGCCAAUGGAGUAGCAAGCCGUUCAGAUAAGAACCUUCCAAACAGCUCCAGCGUGGAAGUGGAAGUGGCGCCGCCCAUGAACGGGACAGCAGGUCAAGAGGGAGAGACGGCUGAAGAUGAAGAGGAGGAUGACCAGCCUCUGAGCCUGUCCUGGCCCGAUUCCAACCGCAAGCGCCUCACCUACCUCUUAAUCAUUCCCAUCGUCCUCCCCCUGUGGAUCACGCUGCCUGAUGUCAGGAAGACGGCAUCAAAGAAAUUCUUCCCAAUCACCUUCCUGGGUGCGAUCACCUGGAUUGCAAUCUUCUCCUACCUGAUGGUGUGGUGGGCUCACCAGGUUGGACAGACCAUUGGGAUUACAGAGGAGAUUAUGGGCCUGACUAUAUUAGCAGCUGGAACCUCCAUCCCUGACCUCAUCACCAGUGUUAUUGUGGCACGCAAGGGACUGGGCGAUAUGGCUGUCUCCAGCUCCGUGGGCUCCAACAUCUUCGACAUCACCGUCGGACUGCCGUUCCCUUGGCUCAUGUGGUCCUUCAUCAACGGCCUGCAACCAGUGGAAGUCAGCUCCAACGGCCUCUUCUGUGCAAUCGUGCUCCUCUUCAUCAUGCUCCUCUUCGUCAUCGUCUCCAUCGCCGCCUGCAAGUGGCGCAUGAGCAAGCUGCUCGGCUUCAUCAUGUUCAUGCUGUAUUUCGUCUUCCUGGUGGUCAGCGUCAUGCUGGAGGACAAGGUCAUCAUGUGCCCCGUGUCCAUUUGAGGACCUCGGAGGACCUCGGAGGACCUGCUUCCUCCCCCUCGUCACCACCACAACCACCACCACCAACAACGGCACGACCAUCCUUAAUAUCCGCCAUCGCUUUUACCUGACCCUUGUGAUCCUUUACCCCAGGAACAAAAGAAGAAUAAGGAGGUCCGGAGAAGGGGAUAAUGAUAUUUUCAGCUUGUGAGGAGUGGUGGGGAGGGGAUGGACCGACGAAGACUUUGGCUUGGCUGGUUUAGCGUAGGCCUAACUUGAGUGAAUUUAUAUUUAUUAUUAUUAUUGAAUUGGCAGGCGGGGGCGAGGGGGGGGGGGGGGGGUGUAUGGGUGUCCUAACCAAAUAUUGAAGCAUUAUGCAUGCCAUUUAGUGUCACGGGAUCAGCUGGAAUCAAGGCCACGCCUGCUAGGUUGAGGAGAAUGCCCUCCUGUGAACUUUGGGGAGAGGAACAAGGGAUGCGCAGUGUGAAACUCCUCUUGACGGAUGCAGUGGCUGAGCUGAAAUGGCGAGCAUAUUUGAACGCGCAUUUUGCAACGGACUAAGAAGCUAUCGCCAAGAGUGAACAGGAGAUUGCGGAUGAGUAGAUUGCCGACCGUGUGGGUGAAAGGUGUUUCCUGUGUGAUGGAAUUGCGCGAAAAAAGACUCUCGAUGUGGCGCCCGAGCGACAAGGGAGGAAACACUCCUGCUGGGCAGACAAACUUCUCCGUUGUCAUUUCUUAUUUGCAAAUUCAUCCUGUUCUCAGCCUGAAUGACGAGUUUAAGCCCCCCCCCCUCCCCACCCCAUUGCCGGAUGUCAUCCUUCACCACUGAAUGUUUUUCCAGAGGAUUCUUUUUUUCUUUUAAAAAAAAUCAUUUUCAUGAAAUAUAAGAAGUAGCAUUAGUACUGUAGCAGUAUUAGGUAACGUAGAGCCAUUUCUUUCGACAAUUCUUUCCUCUUUUGUUUUUUUGUCGCUAAACACACGUUCUGACUGUGCAGAACUUUUCAUGCUUCACAAGCACCACCUGACAAAGGCAAGAAAAAAAAGGCCUAAUUUGAAAGUUUAGCCUCAUAAUAUAUGCUAGCCUUCAAUAUCUUUCACUGGUUGAAAAAAAAAAAAAGGCAUGAGUACUUUCGGCUCAUUAACGUUCCGUAAACAGACUCAAUGUCAAAAUAAUACAUUUGAAAAAAGAAAAAAAAACUUAACAGUGUUUAAGUGUAAUGGUUGAUUUAGAUUAGUCAAUGUGUAGUGCUUUGUUCACAGUAGAACUGGGCUCAACUCACCGGCUAGUCAAACUCCUGAGGUAGUAGUUUCAAGGAGUCAACUGCAUGUAAAAAUAGACACUGAGGUGAAUAAUACCAAUCAACAUUUAAGAAGUUGUAUACCAAAAUGUAUACUUUUUUUCAAACCUGUUUCAUAACUCCUUAAAGCAAACCAGUGCUCAGUAUCUAUGUAGAAAGUGUCAACAUGUAUGGUCAAUGAUAUCUCUCGAACUUGUGCAAUUUAUUUUCUAAUCAAAGGUGCUUUUGUGUGCAUGUGUGCAAUCUGCAUUUGAAGUCAUCACACAAUGACCAUUCCCUAUAUGUAUCUAUGAAUAUAGAUUAUACCACCAGUAUUUCGCAACUAACUGCGGAAAAAAAGAAGAAGAAAAAGAACACAAUACGUGUUUUAUACUGAAAAAUAUAAAUCAUAAUCACAAUCUCUCCUCAAGCUACAUAGAAUGUAGAAAUCACAAAUUUAACAGCAAUAUACGGUGUGUCGUUGAGAACUGCAACACCUCCCCACCCCACCCAUGCGUCUGUGCCCCGCUGCCCUUCCUGUCCGACGUGUUCCAACAGAAGAAGCUGGGCGACCGCUUCUCCCAACGCCCCCCCCCCCCCCCCCCCCCCCCCCCAUCCUGUUAGAGCUGGCCAGAAACACUCGCUGUACCUCAACACGGCCUCUGUACAGCAGCGUAGUAACUGUAAAAUAAGGUAUAUAAAUUCUCUGGACGUGUGAGGAAAAAUGCAUGCGAGGAAUUUGGGCUGGUUACCCACUGACUGUACAGCUGAGCUUAGACCAACUAUAUAUGUCCACUUGUAUGCAUCCAUUCGGAAAGAAACACCAAGUACUUAUUGGUUAUGCUUUGUAAAUAUACAUUUCUGUUUUUGCAAGAACAUAAUGGUUCACUCAUGUAUUAUAUUUAUUUUCUUUUUCUUUUUGUAACAGUGGAUGGAAAAGGUCAAGGAUAUGCUGCUGGAGGCCCUAAAGUACCUUAGUAUUAUUGAGCAAAAAAAACAACUCAAAAGCAUUUAUUUAUUUUUUUGACCACUUAACAUCUCAUUAGCACAAGCAUAUUUUACACUAAGCAUGUCUGUUCUGGCAAGAAAACGCUUUAAAUGCCCUAUUGCUUCCUCAAGUUCAACCCCAGUCAGACUUUGAGAUGUCACCACUAUAGUUUCUGGCAUUUACUGUCAAAGAACAACGGAAUAGAAAACUAGAUCCAAACUCAUGUUAAACUGCUAAAUAUUUCAGGCCUCUACGAUGACUCAUGUGGUUUGUGGAAUUUUCCUGCGCACAUUGGCCGUUAAAGUCUUCCCUCAGAUCACUCACACUCACACAUGGUCACACCUCAUCAGUGGUUCCGACUCGCGGCAGCUCGUUUAAAAAAAAAAAAAAAAAAGUCUUUUGUGCCCGAGAGUUAGAUGAUAAGACGGACGGCACUUGCUUAGCUUAUCUCACUGCAACAACUUUUAAAUAGGGUCAAGUGCAACUGAAGUGUUACCUUAAGCCAAACGUGUGUUUGUUGCUGCUUCAUAUUAACUGGACAGACUUAAGGGUGGUCCCAUCUCGCCUGACGCUCGGUAAGAAAGCUCUUAACUCUUUAUUUUUUUGCUUCGACAGAUCAAGAGAUCCUUUUUUGCUACCACCACGGUCGCAUACUGUGAGUUUCUCUUGCACUUCCAAUGCAAAAACCCCUGCUGUGACGCAACUUUUUUUUUUUUUUUUUCUUUCUCCGAAACUCCCACGGCGUUUUCAUGCAAGACCAUGAGAGGAGAAAGGAAAAAAACAAAAGGCAGACGGGUUUAGCAUGUGAGCUUGGCAUUGAUUUUGAAUUACCAGGGUAAGCGACCGUGAAAGUUGACCUCCCAAUGAACAUUCUUGCACUGUAAAUGUUUUCAUUUUCUUGGUGUUAAUGUAAGAUUUAUUUAAGGUGUACAUAUAUACAGAUACAAAUUAACCAUAUAAUCUAUAUGUGUAAAAGAAAUAUGUCUCUUUAUGUAAAAACACAAAGUAUAUAAUAAAACAAAUAAAGAUUAUUCAAAUAUGCAACAAUG